UGGGCGGCGGCCACGGCGGAGGGACGUGCGGCGCGUGGGCGGUGAGGCGGGGCGGGCAGGCUCCAGUCGCAGUGGCCUGAGGAGCGGGAGGCAGCCAUGGGCGCGCGGUCCGCGGGCCGCCUGUGGUGGGGCACAGUGAGCUGCACGUUAUUCCUUGCGGUUAACAGUUUAUAUUCAGCCAGUGAUGAUGUGAUAGAGCUAACACCAACUAACUUCAACAAGGAGGUCAUUCAGAGUGAAAGCCUGUGGCUCGUGGAGUUCUAUGCCCCAUGGUGUGGUCAUUGUCAAAGACUAACCCCAGAGUGGAAGAAAGCAGCAACAGCAUUAAAAGGUGUAGUGAAAGUAGGUGCAGUAGAUGCAGACAAACAUCAGUCCUUGGGUGGACAGUAUGGAGUCAGAGGGUUUCCAACUAUCAAGAUAUUUGGAGCCAACAAAAACAAAGCAGAGGAUUAUCAGGGUGGCAGGACAAGUGACGCUAUUGUUGAUGCUGCUCUAAGUGCUCUUCGGUCCCUGGUGAAAGACCGUCUUAGUGGCAGAAGUGGAGGAUAUAGUUCUGGGAAACAGAGUCGAGAGAGCGGAGGUGGUGAUAAGAGGGACGUGAUUGAGCUGACUGAUGACAGCUUCGAUAAGAACGUCAUAAAUAGUGAUGAUGUGUGGAUGGUGGAGUUUUAUGCCCCAUGGUGUGGGCACUGCAAAAACCUGGAGCCAGAAUGGGCAGCUGCUGCCACUGAGGUGAAGGAACAAACAAAGGGAAAAGUGAAGCUGGCUGCAGUAGAUGCAACUGUUAAUCAGAUGCUGACAGGCAGAUAUGGGAUUCGUGGAUUUCCUACCAUUAAAAUCUUCCAGAAAGGAGAAGACCCUGUUGAUUAUGAUGGUGGGAGAACCAGAUCUGACAUUGUUUCUCGUGCUCUGGAUCUGUUUUCUGAUAAUGCACCACCACCUGAGCUCCUGGAGAUAAUCAGUGAAGAUGUCCUGAAGAAUACCUGUGAUGCUCAUCAGCUCUGCAUCAUUUCUGUCCUGCCUCAUAUUCUUGACACAGGAGCUUCAGGGAGGAAUUCUUACCUGGAUGUCAUGUUAAAAAUGGCUGAAAAAUACAAAAAGAAAAUGUGGGGGUGGCUGUGGACAGAAGCGGGUGCUCAGUCAGACCUUGAGAGCUCUUUGGGGAUUGGAGGCUUUGGGUAUCCAGCAAUGGCAGCUAUUAAUGCUCGGAAGAUGAAAUUUGCCCUUCUGAAAGGAUCAUUCAGUGAGCAAGGGAUUAAUGAGUUUCUCAGGGAACUAUCUGUUGGUCGUGGCUCUACAGCACCAGUUGCUGGUGGAGCUUUCCCUAAAAUUCAUUCAGUUGAACCUUGGGAUGGCAAAGAUGGUGAGCUUCCAGUUGAAGAUGAUAUUGAUCUCAGUGAUGUGGAUCUGGAUGACUGGGAUAAAGAUGAGCUGUGAGAUCUUCAGGAAACUUCUUUUCUUGGGAGAGCUUGUGCAGCAGUUUGCAACCUGGUUCACAAUCAGAUGGAUAUUCCAGUGGCCUUUUUAUGGAGAACUAGCACAUGCUAUGGAGAACUAGCACUGUGCUGUGCGAUGCACUGCAGCAGUGAACUGUACGCAUCUCAAGAAAACAUUGCAGAAAUUCUGUGAAUUGUCAUAACCAGUAAACUUGAUUGUAUUCUGUGUAACAAAUAUUUUGAGGACAACAUGGAUAUUUCUUUGGAACAUCUUGGGGUUUGUUUUGUUGAUAGUGUGCUGUUUGAGUGUUGCUGGAGGCUGUUAGUGUAACCAAUUUUAAACGUGAUAUUUUUCUUCAUGGAGGUGGAACCUGGUCAGCUUCUGUUUCAAUUGAAGAAUAAAACAAAAUAUUUUUGACAUACA